AUGGUGAAGACAUCUGAGUUUUCUGAAGAUGAAGAGGAAGAUGAUUCUAGAACUGGAGAGUCUGAUCCAGUCUUCAAAAUCGCAUCGAUGAUUUACCAGAGAAUUAUAUUUAUGCAUCCAAUGCUACACAAAUUGGAAGCCAACAAUGGUAAUGGGACCAUGAAGCCUCUAAACAUUUCCAAAUCUUCAAUCUGCUCCAUUAACAGAAACCCUGCUGAUUUUAACAUGCCAGAAGUAGGAAACGGGUACAUGAUUAGAAGUGAAGACCUAAAAUUUGGGAAGCAGAUUCCUUUUUCAAGGAGGCAUGGCUUAGUUAAAAUGGAUCAGCACAAGUGGCAGAGAAAUAUGAAAGCCCUCUACCAAAAAGGAAACGUACAUCCCAUUGAAUUUGACGAGGGAAAACUUUUCCAAGAAAAGGCACGUGAAGUGGAUGAAGAGUCAAAUGAAAUGAUUCUUAGAACAAGAAAUGUUGAGACACAAGGAGAAACAGUGCUCAACUUGCAUGGAAUUUUUUUCCAAGAAAAGACAAGUGAAGUAGAUAAGGAGUCAAAUGAAAUGAUUCUUAGAACGAGAUAUGUUGAGGUACAAGGAGAAACAGUGCUUGACCAUUGCAUGGACAUUUUUUUCCAAGAAAAGGCACUUGAAGCAGAUAAGGAAUUGAGUGAAAUGACUCUUAAGACGAGAUACCAAUGCAACUACAAUGACGAGGGCGGUGGCAGAGCUAGCUAG